AUGGGCAGUAACACCACUAUGGAGUUGGACAGCAGGGGGUUCUAUGAGCUGGAGAGUGAGGUGACCCUGAGGCUGAACAGCACUCUGACUGUUACAGCAGAUCUGAAACUGAGGGUCCUGGACCAGAGUUUCACCAAGUCUCUCACACUCCACCCACCACCAGGUAAAAGAUCAGGUUUCCAAGGUUUGUUCUUUGACUACAAUGUUGUUUUCAGAUCUUUUAUAUAGAGUUAUUUUUACGAUUGGAUAUUUUGGAUUAUUGAUCAUCCAUGUGUUUUAUUCUUCUGGUACAGUAUGUACCUAACACAGUCCAUCGAGAUGUGAUACCAUACUUGCACAACAUGUUUCGGGGGAGCUGCAGGUCUCAGAGAUGGUGAUGUUAUUGUGCGAAGCUAAGCUGACUGCAGCUGGCUCCACCACCACAUCCACCCCCCUUUGACCAUGCCCUUCUCCAGAGCAAGCUGUGAGUGUUGUUCACAAUACUCUACUACAGUUCAUGAUAAAGUACUAGUCAGAUAUAGAGGGAAACGUUGCUUAUUUCAGUGACUGAGGUUGGGUGCUCCUUUCUUCUCCUCUCUUCCACAGUGUGCUGUGUGAUGCCUGCUGAGCAGAGGAGCAGAUUGUUGAUGUAUCCCCUGCUGCUAAUUCUGCUGGGAUUGGUGCUCCUGUUAUCCAGGAAGGGGUCUGACCAGGAGACCUAA